AUGGGGAAUUCAGCAUCGAAACGAUUAUUUUCAUCACCGUCCAGUUCAACGCAAUCGUUUUGUUCUGCACCACCGUUGCCAUCAGCGUCGAUCCAUUCAGCAUCCUCAUCAAACUCAUCCAUACCUUCGGAAAUCACCUACGAUUCCAGCCUGGAGGAAUUCGCCGAUCCAACUUUUCAAGACUCGAUAGCCGGGCCGGAGUGCAUCCAUGUCGGCGCUGUCAUCCUGUCUUCGGACAACAAACUCCUCCUCGUCCAACCUGCUGAUACCCACUUCGCAAAAGCAAAAUCGCCCUAUAGAUGGGACGUUCCUGGCGCGGCCACCAAGGUCACCGACGAGACCGCUCUUCACGGCCUCGUCCGUAUCGUCUGGGAGCUGACCGGGCUGAAAGUCACCCGCAUCAUGCCGCCCAUAGGCGAACCGCGAAGGGUCAACACAUGUCCGGUGUAUCCGAGCGCGACGGUCUCGAGGUAUGACUUUGAGGUUCAGGUCAGCGACGAGCACCAGGGGGCGGUGGGGUUGCGCUCGGAGAAUCAGCGACUGAAGUACCGCUGGGUGACGCGGGCAGAGUGCACGCAUAGAUACUUCAUGGAUAUCUCGUGGGGGGGCCAAUGCCUGGUCUCGGAGGAUCCGAAGUUUCGAUGGUAUCUGAUGAACUGGUGGGGAAUGAGGAGAGCGGCGAGCAAGAGCCAACACGACGAGGCGAAGAGCGGGAGGACGGGCAUUGGUUUCGGGCCUGUGCCCCUCCCUGGACCUGGGGAUGCCACUCCGGGAUGUUUUAAGCGCUUGAUGGGUCUGUUGGAAAAGUGA